CGGGGAAAGACCCGGAAUGCAUAUGCGCCCCGGGUCUGGAAUAUAAAAGAGGAGAUGACGACGGCGGGGGGACGCCGUGCCUCUUCUCCUGAACCACCAUGGCAGAGUUUGACCCCACCUUCAAUCCCCAUCGCCGCUACAACCCCUUGACGGGCGAAUAUGUGCUCGUGUCCCCCCAUCGCAUGAAGCGGCCCUGGAAGGGCCAGAUUGAGCCCCCACAGCCGUCCAAUCUUCCCCAGUACGAUCCGGAGUGCUAUCUCUGCCCCGCGAACAGUCGAUCGGGUGGGCAGAAGAACGAAGACUACAAGCACACCUUCAUCUUCGAGAAUGACUUUGCGGCUAUCCUUCCCCCUCCCAUCCCCGCUGCCCCCACGCCUCCGCACCCCUUGCUGGCCUCUGAGCCGGUUCAGGGCGGCUGCGAUGUCCUCAUCUUCCAUCCCCGCCACGAUCUCACUCUCGCGCGCCUGGGUAUCCCAGACAUCGAGCGCAUCAUCCAGGAGUGGAUCGGUAUCUACAAGAGGCGUGGAACCCAGGAGGGCAUCAAGUAUGUCCAGAUAUUCGAGAACAAGGGAGCUAUGAUGGGCUGCUCCAACCCCCAUCCCCACGGGCAGACUUGGGCCAUGUCAGCGAUUCCGACUCUCCCUGCGAAGGAGCUUGACUCCUUACGGAAGUACCGCGAGUCGAACAAGCCCUCUGAGGGAGCACCCAAGGCUGGAGAUUGCGCUUGCUUGCUCUGCGAGUACGCUCACUUCGAGGCCGGUGUACCUCUAGAAGAGAGCCGUAUCGUCAUCAAGAACGACCACUGGCUAGCCGUCGUCCCUUGGUGGGCAACCUGGCCAUUCGAGGUUAUGCUCCUGCCUUACAAGCGGCACAUACCAUCCCUCCAAGAGCUCACCACUGAGGAGAAGACAAGCUUCGCAGACGCACUCAGCCGAGUGACGAAGCGCUACGACAACUUGUUCUUCUGCUCCUUCGCCUACUCGAUGGGUAUUCACCAACGACCGCUUCCAGUAGAAGCGUCGAAUGGCAGUGGCGAAGAAGCGCACUUGCACCUGCACUUCGCGCCGCCCCUUCUGAGAAACGCUAGCAUCAGGAAGUUCCUUGUCGGCUUUGAGCUCAUGGCCGAGGCUCAGCGUGAUCUCACCCCGGAGCAAGCCGCCGCCCGCCUGCGCGCAUGCUCUGAGGUCCACUACCUUGACGAGGUCGAGGCCACCAAGGCGGCAUAGUUGACUGAUGACAUGACGAAGUCUAGAGGAAUGAGAUAGAGUAUAAUACGCCAUAAAGGCGGCAGUCGAAGUCAUCAUGAAUCAGAUAUGUAGCAAGUAGAACGCAGUCGCAAUAAGGUAUCAUCUAAUGUAUGAGCAACGUAGAAGUGUAGCCGUCGUGUUAUUGCUUGCGUUGUCCUCCCGC